AUGGAAGAAAGAGAAGACCUCGGGAGUACCGAAGGAUUUCUUUGCCCGCGGUGGUUCGGUCAUUACGACGCAGACUCGUUUUGUGUGGUGUCCCGUUCACUGAAAUCGUUUAAAAUUUGUGGCCCUAGAUUCCAAAUUAAAGUUGAUCCAAGGCAUGUAAACUGGACUCGGGUUGCCAAUAAAAAGCUAAUUAGCCAUUUGAAUACUGUGUUUCUCGACGAUAAUAAUAUAACGUAUAAUGAAUUUGUACUUGGUAGUUUUGUCGAUUGCCACUUAAUAAAUGCCCUCAUCCGUUCAAACUGUAGUACAGAAAUUCCCAAAUGCAGAUGGCAGUUUAUAACUGAAAAAGUUUACUCUGCAAUAAAAAAUUUGCAUCAAUCUUCAAAGACCUAUUGCACAUAUAAUUUGCCGUCCCAACCGCAAAAUGACGGUCAAGUCAUUGUAUAUAACGACGAUUGGUCGGAAUUUUGUGAGUCAUUGAUGGCUGUUGCGGCUCCAACUUUUGCAGAUGUCCAGUUAUAUUUUUAUGUAGCCAAACAUGGCAUCAAGGAUGCUUCAUUAAGUACAGUAAACUACAUGAUAGACGAAGCAGUUAAUAUGGAUUGCCCGCAAUUGAUUUGCAUUCAACUGCAUUUGGCUGCUUCGAAUCAUGCUGUUAUACUGAAAAGAAAUCGGGUUUCAAAAGUUGUCACAGCCGAAAUUACACAUUAACCAUUAUUGCUGAACAACGCAUCCAAUUUUAAUGAUGGGAAAAGUUUGCUUGAAGGCAGCAUCCGGUGUCGCGGUAUCAGUAAUGACAUUAUUGUGGCGGGCGACUUUAAUGCCAGAUCCGCCGCGUGGGGCGAUUGGCUCACCAACUCGAGAGGGGAUGCGCUGCAUGAUUUGCUCGUUAGCGUCAAUCUCACUGUACAUAACAAAGGGACGGUACCAUCUUUCGUUGGUAUUGGUAGAGGAUCCAUGGUUGAUAUAACGGCGGCUUCUACCAGUCAGUAUACACAGGAAACUUAGCGAUUGGAGAGUUCGCGUCGAUAUAGAUAAUUGGUCAGACCACAAUUAUAUUUCUUUCAUCGUGCAGGAUGGGAAGCGGUGGGAAUCAAACCACGUCCCGAAUGUAGUUGGAUGGGACACAUCUAAAGAGUUGGACAUCGAGAUUUUUAGGAUUGGGUACCUGUGGUCUAGACAUGGACUUUGUAAACAGGAUACCUCCUUAGAGGGAAUGCUGGAUGUCUUUGAGAGAAAGGUCCAUGCCACUUGUAACUUCGCACUGCCAAGUAGAAAGCUUCCACCCCACGGAAAACCACCGGCAUACUGGUGGAGCAGUGGUAUCUCAGAACUGAGGAGAGUAUGCAUUCACUCCAGGAGGGCAGGUUCUGACGUCCUGCGAGGGAAGGCAACUGUGGAGGAGUUGGACCGUCUAAAGGAGGAUCUCAAACAAGCGAGAAAAAAUUUGAAGUUUAUGUUACGUGGACCAGUAUGUACUGCGACAGAUAUUUAACAGAUGUCUGGCGGAGGGUAUGUUUCCUGUACGAUGGAAACAGGCACGCCUGGUUUUGUUGAGGAAGGAUAAUAAGCCCGUUUAUGUUCCUUCAUCGUAUAGACCGCUGUGUCUAAUUAAUGACCUGGUGAAAAUGUUGGAAAGGCUACUCGUCUGGAGAAUUGAGAAGUGUCUUGUGCUGAACGGUGAUCUAUCUCCGCGACAGUAAGGGUUCAGGAGGGGCAGGUCAACGAUUGACGUGCUACGGGUAGUAGUGAUACUGCCCUAAGCGCAAUUCACCGGUACAAGUGCUGUGUGGCUACAAGUCUCGAUAUUAAAAACGCGUUCAACUCUAUUGGUUGGCGUCAUGUUAUCGAUUCACUUGUGAAGUGGAAUGUGCCCUUUGUGACGUUAAGAAUUUUACAUUCAUACUUCUCUAACAGAGGCGCGUCUAUUGUGUGUCCUACAACCGGCAAAGAAAUUCACGUGGAGAUGUCAUGCGGAGUCCCUCAGGGUUCGGUGUUAGGCCCGAUACUGUGGAACAUGGCAUAUAAUACGGUAUUGGAGAAGUCGUUGCCUGAGGGGUCGUCCAUAGUUGGUUUUGCUGAUGACACAAUGGUAAUAGCGGUUGCUAACUCACCGGACGAGGUGGAAGUUGUCGCCAAUGAAGCUUAGGCUAUUGUGGCUGGCGAAAUCAGGCGUCUGGGUUUACAGCUAGCGGUGGAGAAAUCGGAGGCAAUUUUCUUCAGGCGGAAAUACAAAGAUCGACUACCGUUAAUAACAAUCGACGAUGUGACGAUCAAAGUCGCAAAAACCUUGAACUACUUGGGUGUGAUCAUCGAUAGAGAUCUUAUGUUUGUGGACCACAUCAAGAGAGCUACGGAGAGGGCGACGGAAAUGUCCACUUCGUUGUUGAGAUUGAUGCCUAACCUGGGCGGCCCGAAAGAAACACGGAGGAAACUGUACAGUACGGUGCGCCAAUAUGGGCUAAUACCCUUCAAUACAAAAGGACGAGUUUGGAUGCAUUGCGUAGAGUCCAGCGGAGGGUCCUUCUGGGCAGUGUGUGUGCCUACCGUAUGGUUAGCGCACAGCAGUUAACAUCCUGUCGUCGGUACCCCCGAUCGAUAUGUUGGCCGAGGAGAGGAGGGUGUCUUAUUGGAUGCGGUAAUCGCCAGCUACACUGAGGCCCGAUUGAAAAUUGGACUUGAGGAUGAGCACGUUAUCGAAGUGGAGGGAUGAGAUAAACGGAGCUGCAAAUGGGGAGUGGACCAGGAGGCUCAUUAAUGACUUCGACGAGUGGGUGUUGCGGAAGCACGGCUGUGUUGACUUUCACUUGACCCAGCUAUUGUCGGGUCACGAGUGUUUUCCAAGCUAUCUCACUAAGAUCAAAAGGCUCGGUGAUGUAGCUUGCUAGAGCUACGAUAUGCCUGGUCGAUGAUGCCGAACACACGCUGCUGCACUACACAGCAUGGAGUGCAUAAAGACAGGAGCUAACUCGGGUUAUUGGAUCAUUUGAUGUGGGUUCAUUAGUUUCCCGUAUGUUGAAGUGUAAGUCUCACUGGGACACUGUACAAACCUUCGCAAACGAGGUUAUGGGUGCCAAGGAAGUCAUAGAGAGGAGACGGCAGGGGCAACCACUCAGAAGGUCGUUGGGAAGCCGUCUGGAUCUGUGAUCCGGCCUUCACUGGUUCAUCACUCGGAGUCUCAAGAUGCUACUAUUGUAUGAUUGUUUCUAUUUUAUUGUAUUGUUAUGUUGUUAUUGAUUAUGUUACUGUUAUUAUUAUUAUGUAUUGUUAUUGUAUUGAGUCUGUUGUUGUUCUAAUAUAUAUAUAUACAGGGUGAUUCAUUAAGGAUAAGACACUCAUUUUCUCGGUAACUAUUGAAAAUUUUUAAUUUUUGGUAAGGAAAAUAUUUUUUGACUCAAAAAACUCUACAAUAAUAUGUAGUAAAAACAUAAUUUUUUUGAUCCCUUUAAGGUUAAAAAACAUUAAUUUGCAUUUUCUUAAAUGGGAACCCCUAUUUUGAAUUUUUUAUUAUGAUUGAACAUAAAAAUACAAAGAACUUUGCUCUUACAAUUUUUUUUUUCCGAUCAACCGUUCGUCUGUUAUAGCUUGUUAAAGUUAAAUAAUUUUGGACUAAAUUUCUAUUGUUGUUUUAAUGUUUUCAAUACAGAAGUCACUAUUUUUCUAUAGUGUAAUAUACACUAAUUGUUAUUGACCAAGAUAUGACAAGUAAGAUAGCAAUAAUAAUUUACGACAAACUAAUUGAGUGAUAAUAAUAAUAGAUUCGAGUCUUAAUCAUAUUAUUACUCUAUGGUCCUAACUGUAUUAUUAAUAGCAAAAUCCAUUGAUUUGUAUAGCAAGCUUUAAUACUGAUAAGUUAAUUUCCUAGCCUCUCUUCACCGUAGUGUAGAGACUCGAUACAAUUCUAUAAUACGUUUAUGUUAUCGUGUGAUAUGACCAACAAAAAUAAUUUUUACUAAUGUUGAUUGAUAAUAUAAUAUGUUAAGUUUUAAUAUAACCUUUUAAACCACUUCGGGCUUAACGUUAAUUCUACGUUGGUACUACUAUCCCAUAUAAUUAAAUAUUUUUGUCCAUUAUUAAGUUGUUUAACUAUCGUGUAGUUACAGUGUUUUAAUGUAACAUUUUAGUAAAUGUUUUAGUUUUACGUCGUAACAAUUAUUAAAUAAUAAUUUAACCUUAUUUAGAUAAUAAAAUUGUACUAAAGUUAUAUAACGGGUAAGUAGAAUUAACUACAAAAUAAAUGUAUAUUUAUUUGAUAUAAUCAUUUUUUUUUUUUAACUGCAGGUCAAAUUUUCAUAUAUGAAAAUUGAUACAUCUAAUUGCCAAAUAAUAUAUUUACAUUUUUUGAUUCGCCGCUGUUGAAGACAA